AUGGAAAAUAGUUAGUUAUUAAUCAAUUAUUAGAUUAAGUUAAUCUCUAUCAGAAAUUUGUUAGCUAAUAAAAUUAAAUUAUAAUAAAAAAAUAAGUAGAAAAGUUAUUUAUUAAUCAAAUUAAUUAGUAUAGAUAGAUAGAUAAGCAGAUAGAAAUCUAUUUAUAUAUUCUAAAAAAUCUAACAAUAUUUAUUAAAAUUAAAUAUAAAAAACAUUCAAUUAAAAAAGAAAAUAUAAAAUAAAAUGGGAAACAUAAAUAAUUCAAGGUUUAAUAGCUCAUAAAUUAAAUAUGAAAUAAAAUAAAUUGUAGAUAGCAUGAAUAAGUUGGAAAAUAAAAUUAACAAAAUAAAUAAAAAGUUUAUUCUUAACAUAACAAGUUAACUAAAUCCCUCUUGCUUUACAAUAAAAGAAAAAGCAAUAAUGAUAUUAAAAGCUGAGUCUCGUUCAUCCUAUUUUGAUUAAGAUGAGCUCUAAUACUGCUUACAAUAAAUUGUUUAAAAAUAUCAAACUGAUAUUAAUAAAUGUUUACAUGAGCUCUAAUCCUAUGUCUAAAGAAGUUAUUUUUACACACAAAACUGCUCAGCUUAUUAAAACAAUAUCGAAUUUCUUAUUUUGAAAUAAUAUUUCAAAAAAUUCUUCUAAAAUGAGUUUUAAUAUUAAAUAAUAUAUGAAAGUGAUGAAAAUGAUUAACUGCUACAAAGUUUUGAAGACUUUCAAUAGUAAAGUUUAUAACUCUACUAAUAUCAAUAAAAUAUGUAUACAUCACAAAGCUUUGGAGAAUUAUGA